GUUACAGUAGAAGAGUAGAAGAGCUAACAACAAUGGCUGUUCCUCUUACGUUCUUGUUCCUUUUCUCUCUAACUCUGUUCUCCCAACUUCACACGUCGUUUUCUCGCCAUUCCCACAUCGAACUUCCAUCAGAAACUCACCGUUCUUCGCAGAAACAGACCCACCUUCACUUCUUCUACCAUGAUCUUCGAAGCGCCAACAACCCCUCCAUCGUGCAGAUCGUGAACCCCCCCAAGAACCUCCCCAACGGCUUCGGCUCCACUUUCGUCAUGGACGAUCCCAUGACGGAAGGCCCGGACCUCGGCUCCAAGCCCAUUGGGAGGGCCCAAGGGCUUUUUGGCCUCGCCUCUCUCAACGACCUGGGCAUGUACAUGCUCAUCAAUUUCGCUUUCACAGAAGGGGACUACGCCGGAAGCUCCUUGAGCAUGCUCGGCCGGAACCCCAUAGCGGAGCAGGACAGAGAGAUGCCCAUCGUGGGUGGCACCGGCGUGUUCAGGUUCGCCACUGGCUAUGCUAUAGCCAACAGUGUCGAUGACCUUUCUACCCCUGAGCAUUUUGUGGUGGAGUACAAUCUCACCGUGCGCCAUGGAUAGUGUCAUGUACCAGAGUUUUUCUAGGGUUUUAGCUUCAUCUUUCACCUCUCACAUGCUUUUACGUUUCAU